AUCCUUAGACAAACAGAUAAUUGGUUUAACAAUCCACUGCUGGCAUAGGUGAAAAAUUAAGCCGAACCGCCGCGGACGGUCUAAUCCAUCUGACCUGUGCUCUCCACGACUCGCAUACCACGCAGCCGCCGCCCGUCGCCCUUUUUCUCCGUCUUUCUUCUUCCGCAGCUCCGUUGCUGCCUCUGCAGAUCCGGCGCCACUAGCCUUCCCACACUCCUGACGUGCGCGCUGCAGAUCGAGACGGCGCAGGACGAGCUCGACGUGCGGCAGGAGCAAAUCGGGGCUUCCCGCUUGCGCGCUGCAGCCAGCUCCCACACUGCGGCGGCGCUGCUCCUUCUCCUCGACGUCCGCCGCCUACGCCUCCGCCACCUCCUCGGCGUCCCCCGAUGUCUUCAUCUCCGGAGAUGAGGGUGCUUCACCUCAGGAUCCACAAGGGCCUACUGUACUGCACAUAUUGCCGCGGACCCCUCCGGCCUAACGACUGUAUGCGCAAGCCUUGGAUGUGCGCUGGCGGCCACAUCUUUUGUCGUGAAUGCACCAGCUGCCACGAAAAUGCAUGUAUCUCCGGCUGCCUUUUGAUGGACGGGAUCAUGGCUCAGAUGAAGAUCGAAUGCAACUUCUGCCACUCUGGAAAUAUCCCCUACUCCAGUUUUUUUGCACACCUGUGCGACCACCCCCCCGAUCCCAAGCUUCGGGAUCGGCAGAUCGAGUCCGUCUUUUGUCCGGGGGAGUGCACCCUCGACGCCAAUCUCCUUGGCUGUUCUGAAUGCAAACUUCCGCUCCGACCUCCCAUUUACAAGCAUCUCUCUCGUGACAGUCCUGUUUGUGGCGCCUGCUACCGUGGUGAUAUCGACAACUACCUUCACUGCAGGGAGCUUGACUACCUCGUCCAAGGUAUCACAGCGAAAUGUGUGGCUUGCGAAGAAUACCUUCCAUUCUCCACCUUGGCUUUGCACCAGCUGGACGAUUGCCCAUUCAAGCAUAAAUUGCAAAAGAUUGCCCCAGGCUCAAGUGCCCAGAAAAACUUGUGUGAUGAAUAUGGAAGCACCAGAUCUUCGGCGUGCAACAGUACUAACAUUGGGAAAAGCAAGGGAAAGGCUCCUCCCAGGGUUCGUAAAAUGGACAAUCAUAUUGUUGACAGUAACGUGGAUGAGAGUGAUGAUGACUCAUCUGAUGACAUCCAUCCUGAGACUGGCAAGAGAGUGGCUGAAACUGUGUUAAAGACUUCUGCUUAUAAUAAGAAAGCAAAGAUUGCAACGCCAUCAGGUGGGCACAAAACAGGUGAGAAGAUGGGUGCUCAUCCUGCAAACAACUGACCAAAGAUGAAGCUCCCCAACUGCGUUGGGAGCAGCAAUGCUUGCAUGUGUGGUGCGACAAACCAGAUGUUUGCUAUAUGGUUUUCUAUUGUUGCAUGGUAAAACCUUGCGGAUUAUCUGGUCUUCCAUAGCAGCCAUGGAGGGCCCACGCUGCAUGAGAUGAAUUAGCUAGUUAUUGAGAUGUUGAGUAGAAAACGAACCGUAUGUAUGAGCUUAUGUUCUUUUGCUUUUGCAUUUGCAUAUCACUGGUAAGCACACAAAGCAUGUGUUUUCUGUUAUGGAAUCUCAAUGGUAUGGAAUCACAUGGCAGAAGCAACUUUCAUU